AUGUUACGUACCAUAGCCACUCCCACCACGGUGGUACUUCGAGCGCUAUGCAUGCUGCACAUCACACACACGUAUCUUUACGAAUUCACGGAAACGAAAGGUGAAUCCAUGUUGCCCACGCUCUCAUCGAGUAACGAUUACGUUCAUGUGCUGAAGAAGUAUCGUAAUGGGACGGGUUGCCAAAUGGGGGAUUGUAUCGUUGCUGUGAAGCCCACAGAUCCAUCUCAUCGUGUUUGUAAACGAAUUACGGGGAUGCCCGGUGAUAUCAUUCUGGUGGAUCCCAGCCAUUUGGAGGAUGGACCAGCUAGAUUUGAACAGUUUAUUCAAGUUCCUAAGGGCCAUGUGUGGGUCACUGGUGAUAAUCUAUCCCAUUCGUUGGACUCGAGGAGUUAUAAUGUGCUCCCCAUGGCGUUGAUUAAGGGGAAGAUCAUCGCUGCUAAUGAUUUUACUGAGCCCAUGAGAGGCAAUGGUGAGAAGAGGUUUGGUAUGUUUGGAUUCAGAUGGAUAAAGAAUACAUAUUUGAAUGAUUGA